AUGUCGACUUCAGUCAAGGUGUUGGUGACUGGCUUUGGUCCAUUCCUCGAUAUUACGAAAAACCCGUCUUGGGAGAUUGCACGGCACCUGCCAUCAUCCAUUGCUGUCCCAGAUGGUGGAAUCGUCAAUAUUAUGGUGCCAGCUGAGCCGAUUCCAGCAGCAUACCACAAGAUCCUAACUCAAGUCCCGGCGUUGAUUCAAGAGCAUGCGCCCGAUCUGAUCGUUCACAUGGGUCUUGACGUCGACAGCGGACCAGGAGUUUUCAAAAUCGAACGGAGUGCACUGCGAGACGGAUAUCACGACAUCCCAGACGUCGAGAGGCGCGUGUUCAUGAGAACUGAAAACAAGAAGAUCUUCGCGAAGUCAUCACCGUCUCUGGCAACGACUCUCGACAUUGACAGGGCAGCUGAAGUAUGGCGGGAAGCUUGCUCUUCUCUGAGCCUUCCGAAUGCCUCAGCUGCGCCAGGAGGUGUGAAAGCGAAAGGCAAAGGUAAAUCAAGACAACCUAUCGAGGUAACGCUAAGCGAUGACGUGGGCUCGUAUGUAUGUGGUUUCAACUAUUACAUCAGCCUGCUCGAGAUGCAGAAGCACACUACCAAGCGGGAGGUUGUCUUCUUCCAUGUACCAAAGCUUGAAACUGAGGAGGAGAUUCAGACUGGUGUGAAGGUAGCGGAGGGACUCAUCAGAGCACUAGUGGUUGUAGGGAAGCAAUAG